GAGUUUGUGCCCAGUUUUCAAGCAGGCAGGUUUUCAGUAUGAAGCCGUCCGUUGUGUUGGUGUUUGCGGCGAUGAUGCUGGUAUUGUCCGUGGAAGCUAACGGGCUCAAGAUCUGUCCUUAUGGAGUGUCCGAGGAGAACAGUGUUAGGCCGUGUCAGAACGCUUUACCCAAAUUGUCCUGUGGUUACUUCGAAGGAGACGUCAAGGCGUUUACCCCAAAGUGCCUGUGGCGAAUGAACCGCUAUCGCCGUCUCCACAACUCACCGGCCCUACACUGGGACCACGCCCUCGCCACCCUCGCCGAGAAGUGGGCCGAACAUCUCGCGAGAAACAACGAGAUCGUCGACGCAGGUAGCGGCAGCGGUGACAACGAGAACCAGCUGUUCUAUUUUCCCGUCGUCACUUGCGAGGCUGCUGUCAACACGUGGUACAGCGAGGCCGCCUGCUAUCACGGGGACUCUCGUCCAGGGCCAAACUUUGCAAACAUCGCGCAUUUCUCCCAGAUGGUGUGGAAGAGUUCUCGCCGGGUUGGCUGCGGUGUAUCCGGGCGCUACAUGUGCUGUAACUACAGCCCCCAGGGCAACAUCCUCACCUCACACGCCUUCCAACAGAACGUCGAGAUGCCCCACGGCUGGGUCCUGCCUGCUGGCCUGCAACCGCCAGACAAGUGUAAGGAGUCAAACCAUUCUCGUCAGUCGAAUGUGAUUGGUCAACGCCUGGGCACAGGAUUUGAUGACCUGGUCAAUAAUGUGGUGUGAAUACCAUGGUGCAUUGCGCCAUAAGAAUGCCACGAGUUUACCAUUCCCAUGAUGCAUUGCGCCUGGGGGUUAAAAUCUCCUAUUCACUAGUUUCCCAUCCCCAGAAUGCAUUGCGAAAACAGGGGUCUAAACCUCAUUUAUACAUAGGACAGGAAGGCAUCGGAAUGAUCCUGUAGACGUCAAACAGCUUGUUUGUCAGUGUGUUUUAAGGUGUUGGGGCAUUUUAUGCUCAACAUUAAUUAAAUUA